GAAGAACUCCCCGGAAGUGACGUGCUAGUGUUUACAAAGCAACAGCUCAUAGACAUUUAUGGCACAGACGCGUAGCUAACGAGGCUAAUUUGAGUCAGUUUCUCAUUUUAAUUGCAUAUUAAUCGACAUAAUUUGGUUGUAGUUGUUGUAGUUUCCAUGGGUGGUCACGGGGCUUUAGGGAGCGAGCCUGAGUCUAUCGAUUAUUCGGUGCACGAAGCCUGGAAUGAGGCCACUAAUGUUUACCUGCUGGUGAUCCUGGUCAGCUUCGGCCUGCUCAUGUACGCCAGAAAAAACAAAAGGAAGAUCAUGCGUAUCUUCGCCCUGCCUCCCACCGCCGGCAGCAGCCCGGAGCCCAACUUCUACGACAGCCUGCAGAAGGUUCGCCUGAGGCAGCAGCUGGAGAUGUACUCUCUGGCCCGGAAGUUUGAGCAGCAGCAGCAGCAGAGUCAGACAGAGAGUGUGCAGCUCUCCAUGGAAUAAGAGCAGCAGAUAAUUCACCACAAACACUCCCAUCGUCACGACAUUCUCUCUACGUACACGGAUAAGAAAGGACUUAAAUCACCGUCAUGAUCAGAGGUUGUGUAGAAGACGCUGCCCUCAUCCACCCUCUCUGUCUUCAUUCAUCUUCUCAUCUGUUAGUGGUUGAACAGCUGGAUGGAUGAAACCCAGUAGUGAAGUGAUGAACACGAAGCUGCAGCAGAAGUCGUAUAGAUAUGUUUUCAUUGUGGCACAAGGACAAAAAAUGUCCACUGUGAAGUACUUUAUAUAUAAGGAACAAGAUUCUUCAGCUGUAACAUAAGCACUAGGGGUUUUUGUUCCAUUUGUUUUUAAUUAUUUGUUAGAUAUGAGUAGACUAAGUUAGUAAAUUAAAAUGUGAAAAUAAAGGCACAUAAACUCAAAGUGAAUACGUCGAUCAGUGCAUCUUCUGAGUUUGUUUUGUUUGUCAUGGAGUGUCACGAUAAACUGGUAGUGAUGUGACUUUUAAAAAAAGAAAUAUUAAUUAGGGAAAUAUUUGAUCGACACUCCAACACAGUGGGGAUGGUGCUGCAUCUAAAUGUUGCCAAAUGGACAAAGGAAGAAUGUGCAUUAACUUCCAGCCAACUACAACCAGUUCAUUUUUGGGUACAUUAAUCAUGUAGUAAAAAACUAAUACAGUGAUAUGAAAAAGGUUAGGCACACCUCUGAGGCUGCAUAAUAAUUUACUCUGUCUUCACAGAAAAUGAUCACAGUGGCAUGCCAUUCAUUUUCUAAUAAAAGCUAAGUACUGUUUUCUACCCAAAGGUUUUUAGUGUAGCAAUAUUAAGUUGGAUGAAAUUACAAUGUGAAUAGUAGGCCGUGCACCUUUGUCAUUGUGUUGAUUUGAGUACCUGUAACUACUUAGCAGUGAUUAACUGGAACACAGAUUUGGUUUGAUGAUCUCCUGAAGCCUUGAACUUCAGACGGGUGCCUCCAAUCAUGAGAAAAGGUAUUUAAGGUAGCCAUUUGCCAGUUGUUCUUCUCUUUGAAUCUCCUCUGAAGGGUGGCAACGUGGAGGCCUCAAAAUGACUCUCAAAUGACCUGAAAACAAAGAUUGUUCAAUAUUAUAGCUUAGGGGAAGGCUACAAAAAGCUAUCUGAGAGACUUGAGCUGUCGGUUUCCACUAUAAGGAAACAGAAGACCACAGGCACAGUUCUUAAGCUAAGACCAAGGCCAAGAAAAUAUCGGAGAGGCAAAGGAUGAUGAAAAUGGUCAAAGAGAACCCACAGACCGUCUCUAAAGACCUGCACCUGUCUGAUUUAGUUUUGAUGCAUAUUGCACAUUUUCUGUUAAUCCAAUAAACCUCAUUUCACUACUGA